GUGGAUUUGGCCUCUGAUGAUCUGGAGUGGGUGCCUUACAUUGCCUCGCUCCCCUUCUUCCAUAUCUCAUACCCAGGGACAGUGCCGGACUCGACUUCCUCGACGACUGGCGACACUCCACUUGAGGAGACAUCUGAAUCGGAAGGUUCACUCCAUGGUUCCAUAGGCGAACACGUGGUCGAGCAUGUUUUCUACGGCUUCACAGAUUUCGCAGAUCUGACUCUUGCAUUCUUGCAUGGCACUAUUACCGGAGUACUGGACAGUGGCUACAGUGAUGAGAGCGGGGCCGAGCGAAGGUUUCAUUACGAAACCCCAUCUGAGCAGGCCACGGAGAAGGGAGCUGGAAAAGGUUCCACUAACUUCCACCUCUCCAUCCGGUUCCACUACAAUACCUGCCAGCUCUCCUGCGGGGUCGACUUCCAUUCCAGAGCAUUUCAGGAAUCGCUCCACAUCCACUCCAUAGUUCGAGACCAGGGAGGGCUCGGAUACAUGGCAUUCCCAAUGGGAUUCGGACUGGAGCUGGAACCAGGGCUACAACAGCUGGAAUUGGAGGUCAUCUCCACUUGUGUUUUCUCCAUCGGGAGUGGUGGCCCGAACAUUUUAAGCACUGCCUGGGUCUGCAUGCGAGACCCCUGGGCAAACUCGAAAUCCCUUCGCUGCGAGGGUCUGCAUUACCAGUGCAUUGCGAUUGCACUCGCUCGCGAACGAUCACAUCUCAUUGACUUUAGGUUGAGUAUGUCCACCUUGGAGAACAUUUUUAAGGAGGAGAAGGUGCCAGCCGAGCUCUCAACGGAACUUUCGCGAAUUCUCACGAUUAACAGUUUUGCCUGCCUUACAUCCAGCGCGGAUCAGCUGGAGGAGGCCAUUAGGGAUGCAGUCCCUGGUACAUUGCAUGCAUCUUUGAAUCCGGUUUGCAUUGCAUGCCUGAAAGCUGCAUACCACCGCUGCUUGACAAGUGUGGUCUCGGUUUCUGCAUCCCCGAGUCCCUCCACACAAUCCCCUCCAUCGUCGCUCUCAGCUUCGUCCACAUGGACAGACACUUUCCCGGCAAAGCUGGGACAUGAGAAGGUCAGUGCAUUGAAGACAAAAUUUGAAGCCGAUUAUCCAUCGGAGAUUCUGGACCAGUCGACAAUGCCUUCUUCUCGUUUGCUAGCGACAGUUAACAAACAGUGUCAAGAGAAGCACUACAGCUAUGUGGCGUGGAAGCAUCGCAUUAGUGAAGAAAAGCUUGAAGAUAUGCAUUCCAAUCGCCCCAGAAAAGUUGCCAGGUUCGGCGACUUUAUCUUUGAUGAAGUUCCAUUCCGCGAGAUACCAGAUUCGGGUAUCAGCCAGAUGUUUUUGUUACAUUUGCUCGACCUCGUUGCUUUCGCAUUCUGCCUUCUUGAAGCAGCACACCUGUCGUCUUUCAGGUCGUACAGCAAAUUGUUCCUCAAGCUUGCAUUCCAAAAGCAGGCUGGGGACUCAGGACUUCGCUCUCCGAAUGUGCACGAAAUGCAGUUGGCUGACAAAGAAGCAUGGCGAUGCAUUUGCGACUUGGCCAACUCUGGUUGGACACUUGAUGAUGCAUUGCACGAGGUGGUGCAAGUCAGGUGCAUUUUGCACAUUCAUUUGCAACCCAGAGCUAUGUCUGCCAAACCACGCCCUCCAUUGAAGCCCCCUGGACCACCUACCAUUACAGAUCGCAAUGGCAAAGGCCGGGACAGUAAGGGCAAAGGAAAAGGCCAAAUACAAGACCAAGAAUGA